GGGCGAGACGUGCGUCAGAGGCGCCGAUGUGGCAUCUAGUUAACAUAUCUACAUGUUUCUCCGCGCUGCUUCUGGCUGUGCUCGGCAGUGCAGGAACUGUGGAAACUUGCAUCGGCCGGUUGUUCCGCAGUUUAGAGGAAAGAAACAAGGAUGUUGACACAGCCUGCGAAUAAGUGGAUAACAAGUUGUUGAGACGCCAUAGCAGACACACCUCCCUCUCCCGCACGUUGGCAACCAGCGGCCAAACAUUCCGAAGUAGUUUGCGGACCUCGAGGGACAUAUCAGCUGCUCAGCAUCCAGGUUACUGGUCACGUCCAAGUAUAUCAGUGUCAGUGUGUGCAGGGAGCAAAGUACAGAGGUAUGAGCCCUGGGCAGCUCUAGACGCAAUCCAGAUACUUCACUUCAGCCUCUUCCCACUGUCGCCUUUUGAAGCAGUUUUUAAAACUUUGCACCCAACGAUGUCGUGGCUUAUACUGGGACUUACACGGAGGCAGAGUAGUCUUGGGGCAAGUGUCUGGGUUCGGGCCCUUGCUUCCUCUUCCUCGCUGCCCCCAGCAGUAGCUGAGUUUGUGAAGGGAGCACUGGAAGAAUGUAAGCCCAGCAACGUGCAUGUAGUGACAGGAACACCGGAGGAAACGGCCAACAUUCUGGCAUGUCUGGAGAGGGACGGGAUGGUCAAGAAGCUUCCCAAAUAUACCAACUGUUGGUUGGCGCGUACAGACCCAAAGGACGUGGCUCGGGUGGAGAGCAAGACUGUGAUUGUGACCAAGAGCCAGAGAGACACCAUCCCCAUCCCAGCUGAAGGGGUAAAGAGCCAGCUGGGCAACUGGAUGAGUGAGUCAGACUGGCAGAAAGCCAGAGAGGAGCGUUUCCCCAACUGCAUGGCAGGUCGAACCAUGUAUGUGAUUCCCUUCAGUAUGGGUCCUGUAGGCUCCGCUCUGAGUAAAUAUGGCGUCCAGGUGACAGACUCACCGUAUGUUGUGGCCAGUAUGGGAAUCAUGACGCGUAUGGGAACACCGGUUUUAAAGAAACUGGCUGAAGGAGAGGAGUUUGUUCGCUGUCAACACUCUGUGGGACGACCUUUUCCACUCAGAGCCCCUCUGGUCAGCUCAUGGCCCUGUAACCCAGAAAAGGUGUUGAUAUCUCACCUGCCAGACACGAGGCAGAUCCUGUCCUUUGGCAGUGGCUAUGGAGGAAACUCUCUCCUGGGGAAGAAGUGCUUUGCCCUUCGUAUCGCCUCGCGCAUCGCCAAGGAUGAGGGCUGGUUAGCAGAGCACAUGCUGAUUCUGGGUAUCACAAACCCUCAGGGAGUGAAACGCUAUGUGGCAGCAGCCUUCCCCAGUGCCUGUGGUAAAACUAACUUGGCCAUGAUGAAACCAGCUUUGCCAGGCUGGAAGAUUGAGUGUGUGGGCGACGACAUUGCAUGGAUGAAGUUUGACAGCCAAGGUAAACUGAGGGCUAUCAACCCAGAGAAUGGUUUUUUCGGCGUGGCUCCUGGCACCUCAGACAAGACCAACCCCAAUGCUAUGACCACCAUUGCCAAAAACACCAUUUUCACCAACGUUGGGGAGACCAGCGAUGGAGGGGUGUGGUGGGAAGGACUUGACCCCCCUGGUGCUGGCGUCACACUCACAGACUGGCACGGCAAAACAUGGAAGCAAGAAAGCUCGACUGCCUGUGCCCACCCCAACUCCCGCUUCUGUGCUCCAGCGGCUCAGUGUCCCAUCAUUGACCCCCAGUGGGAGAGUGAGCACGGGGUUCCCAUUGAUGCCAUCAUCUUUGGUGGCAGGAGGCCAGAAGGUAUUCCUCUGGUGUUCGAAUCGUUCAGCUGGCAACAUGGAGUCUUUGUUGGCGCUGCAAUGCGGUCUGAGGCCACUGCAGCUGCUGAGCAUAAAGGUAAGGUGGUCAUGCAUGACCCUUUUGCCAUGCGGCCUUUCUUUGGCUACAACUUUGGCGACUACCUCAGCCACUGGUUGAGCAUGGAGAGCCGCAAGGCUCCCACUCUUUUGCCCAAGAUCUUUCACGUCAACUGGUUCAGAAAGGAUGCUGCCACUGGCACCUUCCUCUGGCCUGGCUUUGGUGAAAAUGUUCGCGCUUUGGAGUGGAUCUUCAAGCGAUGUGGCCGGGAGAGGGAGGACGAGGGUGCCAGGAAGAGCAUUAUCGGCUGGCUGCCAGAAGAUGGUGCCAUCAACACUAAAGGUCUAGGCAGCAAGGUGGAUAUGGGCGCCCUCUUUGAUGUGCCCAAGCCCUUUUGGCAAAAGGAGACUAAGGAGCUGAGAGCCUAUUUCACCCAGCAAGUUGGAGCUGAUUUGCCGGCUCAGGUGGAUGCUGAGCUGAAGGCACUGGAGGACAGAGUGCGCAACUGAAACCCUAGCGGGGUUCAGGAGAGAUCAGAUUAUGAUGUGAUGUUAGAGUUUCUGACUGGGUUUACAUACACAGGGAACCAAAUUCUAAACCAGGCAAACUAAAAACCUAGUUCUGGUUUUAUACAUGUAAAAUUAAAUACUAGGAUGAUCUGGUACCGACAGCUAACUGAAUUAGUCAUUACAUGGGUUACAUCUUAAACUUUUUUUUCUCAGGUUUUCAUGGCACGGAAUAAAGAAAUAUUUGAAUGACAAACACAUGGUAGAAUUUUGGCAGUGUUGGCAAACCACUCUGUAUGUGGAAAGUAUUGAAAGGGUGGAAAUCUAAAGCUUUACUAAUACCAUGCUGGUAUUUAAAUUUCUCUGUGCAUGUCAGUCACUCUAAACUCUGUCUUUCAUGAAGAAAAAACUGUUAGGAAUGAUGGAAUCGGAGGAGAGACUAAUAAUCUACAAUGCAACGCCCACAUUUUGGACACUACUUCAUACCAAUGCAAUGAUAGGUGCUGGGUUGGUGGUGGAUUGGAAGUUUGAUUCUUAACAUGAAGAUUAGAUUUCUGUGAUCAGAUGUUAUGGUACAUGCGUGCAAUCAACGUGUUCUGAGACAUUUAACAAUACAGUGUCAAGGCUGCUAACGUUUACAGACUGAAGCCCAAAGAGUUCUUUAUGCAAAAGUGAGAACAUUUUUACUUAUAAAAUGCAAUUUUAGCAACACUUGUUUCAUCACACUAUUGAGUGAGCCUGUUGAAAUGCUCUUUACUUUAUAUCGAGCUUUUAAAUAGGGCUGAAAAACGCUUUUAUCAGUAACCUGUUAAUACCAAUUAAGAGAUUUCCAGCAGGGCAAAUGAUUAGUAGCAUAAUUAAUCUCACCACACUUGUGAUUAAACUGUAUGAUUUUUAGGGGAUAUUUACACACAUGUGAAAUGUUGGACUAUUGGACUAAUAAAUGUGACUGAGAUUGUGACCUAUUUUUAUAAAUUAUAUGCCAAGAUUUUUAUUACACUCUUCAUGAAGCACAGAUGUCUCUUGUUCAAAUUUUUGCAGUAACUGAAAAUAAAUGAAGGUAAUGUAAGA